UUGAACGCAUCGGUCGAAUAUUUUAUUGCCCACUUUUUUUCUUCUGCUGCCUUCCCUGCGGUGGUGAUGUCAUAACAAACACUCACCUGCUAUUAGGCCGGAUUCACAACAAUAGUGUUGCACACAAAGAGAGACUGAAACUGUGAGAGGAUCGCGCAGCAAACAUCUGUUUUCAGCUUUUCAGUCGGGUUCCCGUUUCUGUGCGCUGGGUAUGGAAAGGGAAAGGAAAAGAGACUCUUGGGCCGGAGGGGUGGACGUGCCCUCAGCGCGGAAAAAGCCUGCCAUGGACACGUUUCGAGCGGAGCCGGUGUGGACCGAGGACACCUGCGAUGUUUACGGAAGCUAUUACGCUGGAAAUCCACCGACGGGCGAUCCGCAAACGGAGCGGGAUCUUGACCACUACUCUCGGGAACAACACAUCAGUCGGAAACCAAAAUUCGCCGACAGACUUGGAGAGAUUUCUUCGAGACUGCGUCAACCGGCGACAGACGUGCGUACGGCGGCAGCAGACAGUCAGGCCCGAAGGGGGUCGCGGUCGCCGAGAAGCCAUCCCGGCCAUAAUUACCAGGUUCCGAUAGCAGAUGUGCCGCUGUCUGGCCUUACUGACUCAGCGGAGCCCCGCAGUCAACACUCCGUGUCUGCAGAGACAAACACUGAUGUCCACUACGCUACCUACGAUCCUUCAAGACGGGAUAAUUUCUACCGAAGACACACGGCUCAUUCUAAGACGAGCAGCCAAGACUCCGGAGUGGAGUCCAACCAAGACGAUGCGGAACUAAGCAGCCCCUUUCACAGAAGACACACAGUCCCUUUUCCCGAGGGUUCCACACAACAGCAAAUAGAACCGGACAAGUUUCAGGACAAAGAGGAUCUCGAGAGACUAAACCGUCACUUGUCCGAAAGGAUCCGCGUUUUGGAAGACAGAAAUAGAGUAUUACAGACCCAUCUUCAAGACACAGCCGGAGAAGGCGAAGACAUCUCUCACAUGUUUGACACCUGGGAGGAAGGCGAGCAGAGGGUGAAAUUUAGCACCUUGAAGAGGGGAAGACUCAUGCCCGAAGUCAGGGAAAGUUUGGAAUUAACCAUAAGCAGGUGGGAAGCAGCCGCCCAGGAGUACAAAACGAGAUGGGAGGCAGAGGAGAGAAGUCGGAAAGAGUGCGAAACGAAACUGCUGGAGAGAGAACGGGACCUGUACGACGCCAGGCGGGAGACACAGGAAGCGCAGCUGAAAAUGCGGCGUCUACAAGACACGGCGCAGAACUUUGAAGCGGAGGUGGCCAAGCUGAGGGAGGAGCUGAAGGAAGCCAGAACACAGCUUCGUGAAUCUCUUCAACCCAUUCAGAAUGGGGCAGGUGAGAACUAUGACAGGUUCGCGGCGGACAUGGCGGACGCUCUGCAAGAGAUUCGAGAGGAAUACGACACCAUGGCACAACAGAAAGUCCAGGAGGCAGAGGCCUUCUAUAAGUCACAGAUGGACACGCUGUCGUCCACAAUCAAUGUCAAUCAUAAGAAACUGGAAGAUGCCACGGCCAAGAUCAGGAAACACAGGGCUGAGGUGGAUUCACUGAAAAAGGAGAAACGAGAACUUAAAGUCCAGAAUGAAAAGAUUGAGGAAAAACUUCGGGAGGCCGAGACAAGUCUCCACGCGCAGUCGGAGAAGUACGAGACCACCAUUUCUGAACUGGAGAAAAACCUCGCGAGACUUCGAGACGAGAUGAUCGAACAGCACAUCAACAGCCACAACGUUAACCUGGCGCUGAAGAGGGACGUUGAUGCUUACAAGAAACUCCUGGAAGGUGACCCACACAGACUAGAUUCUCUGUCAGCCAUGUUGUCACCUCCUCACAAGAAACAGACCAAUGAGGUGUUCUGCAGAGAUGCGUCUACUUCGCCCAUUGUAGCCCCCAUCAUUGGCGAGCAUAAAGAGGUGGAGACUACCGAAAAGGAUGACGUCAUAGAUGAGGAAAUCACUGACGGAGAGAAGCUGUCGCCUUCAGAGCGGGAUAUCAUCACAGUCUUCGAGCAAAACACAUGCCACCCACCUGAUAUCAUUCCACAAGAACGGGCAGACAGUGCAAACUACACCCAAAGGAAUACAGCAAGCAAUACAGACGAAGAAACAGAUUACAGUCUGACUGACUUCUGGACACCAAAGAGCCCAUUAAACCAUCUACAUGACCAGUGGCCCGCAGUGACCGCUGAUGACACCAGCCAUGUUUCACCGCCAAGAACACCACAGCCUACAGAAAGUACCUCAGCCGUCGCCAUGGUUACGUCAUCAAACGACAGAGUGCACACAAUGACCUCUCCCGCCAAAAGAGACCCCGUCACGGACUGGGCAACGCUGUUGUCGCCGAGAACACGGACAGCCACCAGGCGUUGUUCUCUCCCGGCUACUGCAGCAGAGGUAGCCCCUCCCCAGCCCGUGAUGGCCCCGAGAGGACACGAUCACAUCCGGUACCUUCUGGGCGGGUACAGGGUACAGCACCCUCAGCAGCCACAACUACUAGAACCACAAGUAGAAGACUCUGGUGAAGAAGACGAUGAUCAAGUUUUCCACAAACAACAACCACUGUUUCAUUUGCGAGAGAUUUCAGAAAAAUUGCGAUCGUCCGAGACUCUGCCAUGUAGUUUGAAAGUUGAAGACGAGGAAGACGACCGUCCGGCUGCGGGUCCCAGCACGUUUGUGCCGCACCUGACGGGGAAGUGGUUGGAGGACAGCUACUUCAGUAUCGUCUGCAGAUCCACAGGCCACGCCCUGGAUAUCCUACCCCCAGGCGGUGGGGAUACCUGGGUUCCCGGGGGUGGGGACGUCAGCCCGACUCCCUCGGCCGCUAGCUGGAAGUUCAAACACGGCGCUAGUGUAGUGAUGGCGGAGAGACAGGAGCGCAGUGACAGUCAGAUGUGGUACUACAUCACGGGCGCGAUCGUCAACAAGGCAACAAACUACGUCCUGACGGUGAAGGGCGACAUGGGGGAUCCGGGAACACCUGUCGUGGUCUGCUCCCCGUCCAAGAGGGAGGGGCAGCAUUGGACGGUGUUGGCAGAUGGCCACAUCCUGUCCCAGCUGACCGGGUUUUGUCUGACCGUGGAGCUGCUGACCAGUCCGUGGGACCUCGGACACGUCAUGAUGUCCCCUCACCAGACGCAUGCGCAGCUGGCCGACAGGCAGAUCUGGGACAUCAUGACCGCAGAGACGGAAAUCUAGAAACCAGCAAUGUACGAGCUUGGAAGUUUCUCUGUGUCGGUAGAAUUCAUUGUCCAAGGAUCUUUGAACUGCAAUUGCCAAGACAAAGAACCGGACUAGAAUAUUAUCACAUUUAAGUAAUAAGCAUAUUAUCAAGAAAAGCACUCAAGAAAGCCCGUAGGUUGCAAUAAUCGAAAUUUUUCUUUGCUUUGCUGACAUCUACCUAUAUAUUAAGUACCAUUCUGAUCAAUGAACAACCCCCGAAUGUCUAAAAAAACGGAAACGAAAGCAUUGUAGAGGCGAAAACUGGCAUAAUGUCAAGAAAGUACCCAGAUAUGUACUUUGGAAUAAAAAUUACACAUUUACA